AGUUAUUGUGAGAACUCCCUAACCGUACACCUACACUUCUCGUUUUAUCCAGAAGUGAAACAAAACGCUCCUGUGAUUGUGUUUGGGAAAAUGUAUGUUUAAUAAAAUUCUUUUGGAGCACCAUAAUUUAGUUAUCGAGUUAAAGGGAAAGAAAGUGAUAAUCUGGUGAAAAAAUAUCGCAUAACAAUAAAAGACAGAGUACAACUGUCAAUGCCGUCUCCGAGCCCAGCGUCCGGAGCAUCAUCAGUGGUACCGUAAACACCUGGACACACCAUCGCAUUUUGAUGGUCACUCUCCCGUUGGAGAAAAUCGUCUACACGCACUGUCACUUCAUUGUUAUUAAGUUCCUCAACAUAUUCUUCAUUUUAUAGUUUAUUUAUAUAUAACAGAUUGUCAUAAGUGUAGUACUAUAAAAAUGAGCAAGAUUCUGAAAGUGGUCGGCGCCUCUUGGCUCCAGACCAAAAUAAGCUCUUACGUGUUGGGAAUACUUGGCGUACUUGCUAUAUUGGCUCUCUUCGUCGGACAAAUUGAAAGAAUCCAAGAAGAUGGAAACUACGCAGCAACAGUGUUUUAUUCGGAGAAAACUGGAUAUCGUAUUGAAUAUUGGGGCCAAAGCAACGAACUCGCGGAAAUAUCGAAAGGAGUAGCGCGUGCAUACUUUAGAAUGGACAUUGAUACUACAGGUUGGUCUCUUUUGGAAGUAGAGACAGAUGGCUCUUAUCCCGAUGAAAUCCAAGCGUAUGCAGCUGGCAUAGUUGAAGGCGCACUCACAUGGUAUCUAAUACAUACACACUUGGAGAAUACCAUAAGGGCUAAGUGCGAAAAUACGCCAUUAGAAAAACAGUGCAAUAAACUUAAAGAUGCUUUGGAUAAAUCUGUCGACACAUGGAAAAGUUACGCGGCGGAGCGCAGCAGCAGUGAUCCUUAUUGGCAUCAUGUAUCUCUACACUACACCCAAAUCAAUGGCAUCAACACUGGCUGGAGGUAUGGAGUUGAGCGUAGCAUGAGCGAAUAUGACACCGACAUAUCGGACCUGUACUGGUUGAACUCCGUGGCAGAAGUCACGGAGCUUCAACACAAAUUGAAUAUUUCGCUAGAUGACUCGAUAGACUUGUUGCCUGACGUGUCCAGCGCGUUCCUGAGGAUCGUCAAUGAUACAGCCGAAGAUGGAACACCAACGAAGAACUUGUAUUUGGCUCAUAAUGCGGCUGGACGUUACACAACAAUGACUCGUAUAUUGAAGAGAUACAAAUUGAACUACCAUUUAACAUCAAAAGAUACCAAUUUAGUUCCUGGUACGUUCGUGGAUUUCUCAGGAUAUCCCGGCUCAAUAACUAGCCAAGACGAAUUUUAUAUUAUUAAAGGGAAAAACCAUGAGAUGGCUGCAGCAGGAACCGCUUUACGAAACUUCAAUAAUGAAAUAUGGAAAGAGGUCAACAUUACUGAACAAGUAUGUAUUAAAUUGUAAUGUUGUGAACACUUUACUAAUGAAUAAGAAUUAUGUAUUAUAAGUGAGUGUA